AUGUCCGAGGAAGCUUCUGCAGGUGUAGCCUUCGCAUGGAUCAAUCGACUACCGGACGAGAUCCUCUCCGAGAUUUUCGUGUACACAUACGACAUCCGUCUUAUUGACCCUGACUCGCGGCCCGUUCAUCGACAAGGCCCUCCUUCAGGCGCUUUCCUGUCGCACGUCUGCCAGCGAUGGAGAAACGUGGCCCUUUCCUGCCAAUAUCUCUGGGCUUCUCUCCCAUGCGAAACCAUCGAGUGGACAAAAGCUUGCCUGGCACGCGCACACUCGGGGCCGGUAACUUUGCGCUUCAAUCCGCUUUGGAACGCCGACACUGUCAAUCCACUUCUGCUCGGGCCACGCCGCCUCAUUUACCCUGCGAUCCCGAGAGCCCGCGUCAUCAAUGCGUGGCUCGAGUUUGGUCGCCCCGAGAACACGAACGCAUAUACCAGCGAAGUCCUGCAGGCCCUCACGCAAGAGGCUCCCUGGCUCGAGGAGCUCGAAAUCACCUUGGAUCGGCCCAUGGACUUCGGUUCGAAUGAACCACGAUUCGUGCCGACACUCUUCGGAGAGAAGCCGCCACACAAGCUUCGACGGGUUUAUCUGGAGGGUUGCGCACUUAACUUUCCUCCAACGAUCUUUACGGCUGCGCUCACCGUACUCCAACUCGGCGAAUCGCGCCUCUGGACGAACAUGGACGAAAUGAUCGAGUUUCUAUGGACCGUACCCCUCCUGCAAGACUUCUCCUUCACAUAUUCCGGCGAUCUGAUACCAUAUGGGAUCGACGCAGAACUCUCGCGUACACAUCCCCCGCGAUGCAUCUCUCUUCCACACCUGCGCAGUUGGCAGGUCUCGACGUCCUUCGUCGUCGGCAUACGCAUGUUCAGUUACUUCGCAUUCUCGCCCGAUGCGGAACUGCGUAUAAUGGUCGACGACGGCGAAUCUGGCGAACCUGACGCGCAGCGCUAUACCGACGCGGAAUUGGAAGGCUUAAUUGCCUUCGGGUCAACGGCCGUCAGAGCACACUACGCGGAGUACUCGCAACAUGGCGGACAUUAUGACUCCAUCGAGCUGGGCUAUCGAUCAAUAUCCCAUGAUCCCUGGAGGAUGUCCCUCUCAAUACCCGACGUGGAUGCCCACGACGCACAUCGGCUUCGUGCGGCAGCCGCUGCGAUGUACCUCUCCAUCCCGGUCUUCGCGGAUGCGGAGACAUUGACGAUUCGUUCGGGGUGGAGGGGCUUCUCUUGGGACGAUAUGUUAUGCUGCGAGAAUGUCAAGCGGCUUCACUUCGGUGGGAUUGCGAUAUUGUCGUUUGAGAUCGCGUUGCGUGAGAGAGAGAUGCCGAGCCAUCCCUUGUUCCCCGCGUGCAGCGAAAUCGCCAUCCGUGACUUCAACUUCGCCGAGUGGCCGGGGCAAGUGAUGUACGAUAUCUACACUGUACCGGCCGACUUUGAGGUACGGCUUGUCAUUACGCUGCGAUUAUGGCAAGCGGACAGAGACUCAGAGCGUAAUUUGCAAGUCAAUCUUGACAAUUGUGCGCUGGGCCCCGAGACCAUGGGAGUCUUCCAGUCAGCAUUUGGCAAAGACUAUGUGCAUACGUCGUAG